AGCCAACGAAGACCGCCGACCUAAUGACAGCGGAGCUUCACACGCGGACAGAGAACGAAGCAAAACACGAAGAAAGGCAGUAACCCAGCUGCCACGUGAGGCGGGCGAUGCCGUCCGCCCUCCGAGCGAGAACUUCAACUCCCGCCUUGCAGCUGGGCGGUUAUCCUCCGUGGACUAUAAUUCCCAGGGUGCUGCGGGAGCGACCGCCCGCCUCUCCUCCCGCCCCUCCCCCGCCCCUCCCGGCCGGAUCGGCGUGCGCCUGCGCACCGGAGGCCGGAGGAGUCUUACCCUAAUGUAAGAUGGUGGCCCGUCUGGCUGUGGAACCCACCGAAAGCUGAGAGUCUGUCUCUCAGCCGUAAAGGUCGGACUCGCUGAAGCAAUCAGGCCCGGUUCUGAAGAGUUUUUUCCCCGACACUCGUUCAGUGGUCUCUUGUGAGGACGCGGCAGCGCGUGGAGUCGGCUAAGGGAAAAGCGAGGCAAGGCAGGCGGGUCUUUGAAGUUCUACAGUUUAGUUCUCAGUGCUGAACUUCCUUCUCCCUUAAGUUAUUAUAAACUUUUGCUGCUGUUUAAUAAACGUGAAGAUGUCUCGCAGUCCUGAUGCGAAGGAAGACCCUGUGGAAUGUCCUCUUUGCAUGGAGCCCUUGGAGAUAGAUGAUAUCAACUUUUUUCCUUGCACCUGUGGCUAUCAGAUUUGCCGAUUUUGUUGGCAUCGAAUUCGCACUGAUGAAAAUGGGCUUUGUCCUGCAUGUAGAAAGCCAUAUCCAGAAGACCCAGCAGUUUAUAAACCACUCUCCCAGGAAGAAUUGCAAAGGAUAAAGAAUGAGAAAAAACAGAAACAGAAUGAGAGAAAACAGAAAAUAUCAGAAAACCGCAAACAUUUGGCUAGUGUACGUGUUGUACAAAAAAACCUCGUCUUUGUUGUAGGUCUGUCUCAGCGCCUAGCAGACCCAGAGGUUUUAAAACGACCAGAAUAUUUUGGGAAGUUUGGUAAAAUACAUAAAGUUGUCAUCAAUAAUAGCACAUCAUAUGCAGGCUCACAGGGUCCAAGUGCCAGUGCUUAUGUAACCUAUAUCCGGUCAGAAGAUGCUCUCAGAGCCAUACAGUGUGUCAACAAUGUGGUAGUAGAUGGCAGAACACUUAAGGCAUCUCUAGGUACAACAAAAUACUGCAGUUACUUCUUAAAGAAUAUGCAGUGUCCAAAGCCUGACUGCAUGUAUCUACAUGAAUUGGGGGAUGAGGCGGCCAGCUUCACAAAAGAGGAAAUGCAGGCGGGUAAGCACCAAGAAUAUGAACAGAAACUACUUCAAGAAUUAUAUAAGUUAAACCCCAAUUUUCUUCAACUAUCUACGGGUUCAGUUGAUAAGAAUAAGAACAAAGUGACACCACUGCAGAGGUAUGAUACCCCCAUUGACAAACCUUCAGAUUCUCUCAGUAUAGGGAAUGGUGAUAAUUCCCAGCAGAUAUCUAACAGUGAUACGCCUUCACCACCACCUGGUUUAUCAAAAUCCAAUCCAGUCAUCCCCAUCAGUUCAUCCAAUCACAGUGCACGGUCUCCUUUUGAAGGGGCAGUAACUGAGUCACAGUCGUUAUUCUCAGAUAACUUUCGCCAUCCCAACCCGAUCCCAAGUGGGCUUCCUCCUUUCCCCAGCUCCCCACAGACAUCCAGUGACUGGCCUACAGCACCAGAGCCACAGAGUCUCUUCACAUCAGAAACAAUCCCAGUAUCAUCCUCUACAGACUGGCAAGCAGCAUUUGGCUUUGGUUCUUCUAAACAACCAGAGGAUGACUUGGGUUUUGAUCCCUUUGAUGUCACUCGAAAAGCCUUAGCAGACCUGAUUGAAAAGGAACUGUCAGUCCAAGACCAGCCUUCCCUUUCGCCCACAUCUCUUCAGAACUCCUCUUCACACACUACAAUGGCCAAAGGUCCGGGCUCUGGAUUCCUGCAUCCUGCUGCACCGACAAAUGCCAACUCUCUCAAUAGUACCUUUUCAGUCUUGCCACAGAGGUUCCCUCAAUUUCAGCAGCACCGAGCAGUUUAUAAUUCAUUCAGUUUUCCAGGCCAGGCAGCCCGCUAUCCUUGGAUGGCCUUUCCACGCAAUAGCAUCAUGCACUUGAACCACACAGCAAACCCCACCUCAAAUAGUAAUUUCUUGGACUUGAAUCUCCCGCCACAGCACAACACAGGUCUGGGAGGGAUCCCUAUAGCAGGGGAAGAAGAGGUGAAGGUUUCGACCAUGCCACUGUCAGCCUCUUCCCAUUCAUUACAACAAGGACAGCAGCCUACAAGUCUCCACACUACUGUGGCCUGACAACAGAACUGAGAGGAGAGGAUUAGACUCUGGGGUGCUUGCAUGGGCAACCGGAUUUUUGCAUGAUUCCUUUCUGAUUUCGCAUUUAAUGUAUACACCCAAAAGAGCCAAUAUAAACGUUCCUCAUGCCUACAACUAGUGUGUUACCUCAUAGUUGCUAAAGUAUUUCUUCAUUAGGCCUUUAACACGAUUUAUUAGCAUAAUAAUUUUGGCAUUGUUUCUCAUGAGUGAUACUAUUUUUAACUCACACAAAUAAACUUGUAGUAUUAAUUAAGAUCCCAGAUGAGAUUAGCUAGAAUUGUUCUUAUUUUGGCUCUAUAAUUGAAAUUAUGCAAAGAUAAUGGUAGUUCCUUGUUUUCUGAUUUGUGAAAAAAAAAUGGUAAUAUCCUAAUAUACUCAUGAAAAAAUUGAAAACUAAGAUAAUGUCUAUUGCAUUUCUUUGAAUACUUGAGAAGAAAGAAAACAUAUAAAACAAAAUUGGUGGUGUUGUUUAAUGCUCAGAAGGAUGUUGUCAGCAAUUAUUUUUAGUUGUAUGGAUUUAUAGCCUAUAUUAAUGCAUUACAUGUUUAGAAACUGUUUUUGUUGUCUCUCAUUUGCACAUUUGCACUUUUCUUUUUGAAUGGUUGUUAAUUAUAUAUAGAAGGUUAAUUAUUAUAGACUAAAUGCAAUAUCUCUUUUCUAAUGCACUGCCUAGUAUACCAGGAAAUGCCUCAGAAACAGAAUUUCAACUUACAGUUGAUUCAUCAGAAACUUGAAUAUGGGGUAAACAUUGUAUGUGAGAAGCAACCAUAGUAGUGUAACAUUUUUAUUGAACAAACAGUAGUUCUGUGAGAUAUCUGUUUGGAAACUUCGUUGUUUAAUAAUGAAAUGUGAUAAUAAAGCUAUAUUACAAGUACCUGGCCAGAAUGAGACUAAGGUGGAGGAGAAGAGAUUGGGGAUCCUCUAAAAUUAGGCCAUGUAAGAUGUCGUAGAUAAUUUUGAUCACAGAGGAUAGUGAAGUACUUUAUUAGGACAUAAUAUGAAGUGAUGUUUUUGGAUAAUACACAAUUUUUUGAAACAGUUUUAAAGCUGAUAAUGAAAGAAAAAAAAACUGAAUUCAAUUCUGAGCAGUGGACAAAAGCUGACUGAGAAAACAUGACCAUAUUCUGCCUAAAUUAAGCAUCUGGGAAGAACGGGGAAAGUCAGCUCUUCUCUUUACGUUUUCAAGAAACAAUUGUGAUAAAAGAUAUGCCUUUAUUUGUUAAAAAUAUUAAAAGAGUAACGUGAAUACCAAGAAAGAAAGCCUAAGGAUUUAAAAAUAAUAAUUAUUUAAAAACACAUUAUUAGUGUUACUUAGUAUCAUGUUGGAGUUUUCGAGGUUACCUCUCUAUAUGAAGUCUGGUUAUUAUCUGUUAGCUAUAAUACAGCAAAUGAAAUGGCUUUGUCCUCAGGUAUAGUGGGUAAACUAAAAUCUAUUCUUAGAUACCCUUUGAUUUGGUUAACUGAGGUGUGUAGAAACAGCUAACUAGCCAUUUAAAUUAUUUUUGUAAGAUUCUGCAUAAGUGACAAUCUCUAAUUUCUAUUCAAAAGUGACUGUAGGGCAGCAUUACAAGAAAUUUAGAAAAUACAAGUAAAAUACUGUAGACUUAUUAGACAGAAACCUUUUAUCAUAGGUUAAUUAUGGUUACAUUUUUGCUGUAAGAGGCUAAGACAUCCACUUAAUGUCUCCUGUGGUGCUAAGGUUCCUAGGCUUUGGGCUUCCCGUAAUGAAGCUUACUAGUACAUAGCUUUCUCCAGCCAUCAGUGCAAGCCUUUCAUCACCUGGAUCUUUUUACCAAGACAAAUGGUUCCUCCCAUUUACUUUACUUCUCUGUGUUGAGAGAGAGAUACACCUGUUAUACAAGGCUUCUUUCCUGUGGUUGCUUUCUGUCUCCUUUCUCCUUCCUAGCCAAGGCCAAAAAAACUGUCAGGUAGUUUGUCUAGACUUGCUAGAAUCCAAAACUCUCUCCCUGCCUGCUUCUCCAUCCUUCACACUUUUGACACACACCAUACAUCAGGAAAAUGCGUCUUGGGCACUUAGGCUUCAACUUAAUUAUUUUCACAUUGAAAAGCUAAAGAUUAUCCUUUAACUUCGUAAUUUUGAGCCUAGAAUAAUAAGCCUCACCGUUUUGCUUACCUAAUAUUUCAUAUAGAGUGGUUUUUUUAAAAAGUGAAGUCUUGAAAUCAUAGUGGUAAUUAAUUAUAUUAAAGCACAGAAGAAAUUACACAACACAUAAAAGAAAGUACUGCUUCACAUAGCAAGUAAGUUGGUGAAGCCUAAUGAUGGUAAAGAAUGAAAAAUCCUAAAAAGCUUCAGAUUAGUUUUUGUUAAAUUCCUGCAUGAUUAAUGUGUCAUGCACAAGGGAAGCUUUUUAUGCUUUUACAUCCUAAUUGUAAAUGCCAGAGUUCAGAACCCUUUGGAUGUACUAGCGAAGUUACGAGUUUGUAGGUAUGUAUAGCUGUCUGCUUUUUUCUGGGGAGAAAACCAAUAGUUAUUAAAUUUAUGAAGGGCUUGGUGACACCCCACUCCACCUCCCACCCCUGGAAGAGAAGUUAAGAACUGCUACCCUGAAAUGGCUUUAGUGCCACUGUAGGAAAUAGAGACCUGAUGAAUGUCAAGUGCCUCUUUUUAUUUUCUUAAAGAUUCCAUUAGAAAAUAUUUUCUGGUUAAUAGUAUUUUCCUUUUCAUUCUACUGUCACAUUUUGUUUUUCCAGGUGGUGCUUUUAUAUACUCUCCCCUUAUUACAACAAAAUAUUAGCCAAAUAUUUGAGUGCCUAUUCUGUAUAGUGACCUUUAGUUAGGUCUUGAGGGUUGAAUAAAGCAUAGAUCCUAUCAUCAAGGAUAACAGUCUCAUGACAGUUUUAUUUCAAAUUGUUUCUGUAGGGUCAGCACUUAAUAUAUUUUAACAAGUACCUCCAUAGUGGUCUAGACUCAUUUUAUUAUUCAUCGCUCUGACAGUGGCGCUAACAUAGGGUAUUAAAUAUUAAUACCCGAAAUUUUGAAAUAUAUGAUAAUUUGGAGGGAGUGAAAAAAAAUCUUAAUAGGGAAAACAUACAUUCACGAUUCUGACUUAAGUAUCUUAGUCGCGUGUGUAUGCUCAUGUCUCUCUUAGUGUUCUGGGUGUUAAAUAGAGCUUUCUGUAUAUGUGUUCUUUCCAAGAAAACACUUGAUUGCAUUGUCUGUGCACAUUUUUUACUGACAUUGCUCCUAUUUGUACGGUGUUCCAAGCACCUUCGGGAUUGCCAGAGCUUCUGCUGUGACACAGGUCCGUAAGGGAGCUACUCCCACAGAGGCAUUGCUUCAGAAAGCCAAGAAAAAGGAAUGAAUUGCAGGUGCAUAGAAAUCUUACAAAAUGACAACCAUUGUAUUAUUUGUGCAUACAUUAAGAACUGGGGGAUGUUUUAUCCUGUUGAGUUAUAAGGUUUUAGAUUUUUGUUUAUUUGAUCUUGAAGUUUUCCCAAAUUUGCUUAAUUGGCUUUAAGAGAUGGAUAUCAUACAAUUAAAAACACAAUAACAUUUUUAAAAGAUUAUCUUAUAAAGAGGUGAUAACCCAAAACAAUGAUAUAUAUGUCUUCUUCUAUAAAAUAUGGACCAAAGGUCAGUUAUCCAGUGUCAAGCUAGUCUUUCUGCCCUUAGUGCUAUAUCUUUCUCCUCUCAACCUUUUUUAUCUGAAUGAGUACCUACUGUAUUGUCUCCUUGUGCCGAGUAAAUGGCAGUAAUAUAUGCAGGUAUUUACACAUGAAAUGUUUAGCGAACUAAUCAAACACUAUGCUGAUAAAAAAGUGAAAAUGGGAAUUAAGAAAGCUAAUGUAAGCUGGGUCAGGGAGAGGCUUCAUAAAGUCUGGGGCUUUUUGGAAGGAUGGCUGAAAUUUAAAUGGUACAAGGGGGAAAUACAAUAAAGGGAACAGACUGAACAAAGAACCAGAGACAGAGAUUGCAGUGGUCUCUAGUGAUUAGGAGAGAAGGACAGUAAGAAGAUGGACUCGUUUGAGGUAUAUAGGUCAUACAGAAAGGUGGAGUAUACAGGUCAUACAGAAAGGUGGAAUUAGUGUGCAAAAGCCUUAAAAACAGGGAAGGAUAGUUUAGUCUUGAUAAUGGAUGUGGUCAGUGAUAGAGAACUCUAGGUUCUUUGCUGAAGAUGUAACUUGAUUGUAGCAUUUUAAAAAGAUUAAUUUGGUGGUGUGUUUGCUUGAAAUUAGGACUACUUAGAAAACAGUUUUCAGUAUGUAUAUUGCUGGGCGGUAGAAAUAAGAUGGCCUGGAUUAGAACAGUAAUAGUAGGAACGGAGAAGAAAUUAUGAAUUAGAAGCCAGAAAACAUGAGAUCUAAGAAAAGGCCUAGGUGUCUGGUGAACUUUAAAAAUGUAACUUUCAUAAAGGUACAGAUGGAAACCAGAUUCCUAGGAUUCAGAGGAAAAGUCAAGGAUAUGGAUGCAGCAACCAUUGAUUACUUACUUAAGACAUUUGGCCCUUAAGGGAAAGAGAAAGACAAGAUGCUUACCAGAAGGGUGGUAGAUCUUAGAAUGCAUUGCUUUAAGGUAAGGUGGAUAUUUAAAUAUUUAAAAGCAGAACAUAUAGAGCUAUUUGAAAAGAAGACAUGGACAGUGCUAAAGAGAAGGCAGAUUAAUCCAGUAGGGUAGCAGAUUUCUCUAGUGCUGGGAGGAGAUAAGCUCCUGAGAUGAGGUUAUGGACUUAGCUUUAGAGAAGAUGGCAUUGUUCUUUGUAAGGACAGCCAGAAAAUCUAGGAAAGAGGAGAGAUUAGAGAAAAUGAGAACACAGGAAGGGACUCAUAUCAGUUAUUAUCGAAUGCAUAUUGUGUGAGAAUGGGGGUGAAGAGUGGAGUUGGGACUCAGUAAAGAAAGGUGAUUAAAUAAACCUGUGAGAAUAAGCCUAGAAGUACAUCAGAAAGAAAUUCAAGAAUUGCUGGGUAAAGAUAAAGAUCAAAUUAAAAACUUUCAGAAUCCAAAUAUGUAUGGUUUGGUAUGUGUUUCUCUGGUUCUGAACAAAGCAUCAAGGAUAGACAAAAAGCAAAUAUUGAGAGUUUGGUUAGAAGGUGAAAAAGAAAGGGAUACAAAGAUAUUCAAGAAGACAACAUUGAAAUACCUAAUCUUGUGGUCAAGAAGAAUCCACUAAGGCAGGAAAGAACCAAUGGUGUGAGUGUGUUGAAGGGAGGUCAGUGACUUUAGGUUUUGGUGAAGUCAAAGAACAGGUAUAGUGUUGUUAAGGGAAUGACAGAUUAGGAGACUGUGGUCAGCAUGAUGACGGUUCAGUGCUGAAUGAUGAGUGAGAACCAGAGAAAGGAUGGUAUAUAAGGGUCUAACAUCAGAGCUGGGGGUUGGAAAGGCAGUUAGCUUUAAUAAACUUCUUUACUCACUUACCUUCCAGCCAUUUCUUGAGAGUAAGAAAGCAGACUGCAUGAAAGAGAAUUGUAGAAAGCAUGAUACUGCUUGGGGAAUCCUGGGUCAGGUUUUUUAAGUUGAUGACCCAAAGGAAAACUUCCCCCGUGGGAUAAACAUUCCUUCCUCAGCACAGGAAGCACAAUGCAGGGGAAGGCUUGGGAAGAACCAGGGAUGAAACUGGACAGGUGUAGGUAAGCCCAGUGAGUGUGAGGGAUGGUGAACAUGUUAUUUAUGAUGUGGAAGGUUUAGAGGCAGUAGGUCUGGUAGUUGAAGAGCCCAUAUUACAAAUAUGAGCUAGUUUCUCCCAAGCACACAUACAAAUUGAAAAGAACCAACUCUUCUUACUUAGUUGUACUGGGUCAUUCUGCUUUAUUUAUAUAGUACAUUGGAAUUAAAAGUAGUAGAUUGGUGAAGAGUAGGAGAGAGAGAAAUUCAGAAUUUUAUUACAGUAGGUUAUAAAAAUAUUUUGACAGUUUGUCCCUAAAGAGAAUGUGCCAUGUGAAUAGAUACAUAUAAACCUACAAGUUAUUGAACUAAUCUAUUCUUACAUUUUAUAUACUUAGAUGUGACCUCUAGGAAAAAUUGCUGAAGAUAAAGUGAAACAGGGGUGGAGAUCUACAUUUUUUUUCUUUAUUCAGUUAAUAGCAAAUAUGCCUAGUUUGGAAGCAUUUUUAAUUUACUGACAUUAACGUAUUUUUUACACUCACUGGACUUGAUCCAUAUAUCUCAGCUGAUGUAUCAACUAUGACAUUUAAAAGCGAUAAUACUUCAAAGUACAAGUCAUUGCUCAAGAAUACUGUUUGUGAAACCAUGCUGAUGGAUCGAGGAGCCACUGCUCCUUCGAUCUCCUUUCUGCCCUGUGAUUUGCUGCCAUAUAUUGCUGGGCGUACCAGCCUUUAAUACCAGCUUCCUUAGUCAGGAGCUUUUUCCAAAGAAUCACUCUUGAGAAUUCAAGAUUCAUUAAGAGAAUCUAUUCUGUUCUAUAACGUUUCAGAGAGUCUACCCUGGGUUUGAGUUACACAAAAAUCUAGUUUAUACCUGUUAGGUACCUAGAACUGAAGGAAAGCCUAAGCAAUCUAAGUUGCUUGAGAAUUGAACUGAAGUACCUAGAAGUUCCAUGAAACAGAUGGAAAUUGUUGUACUGAAAGAACCAAUCCAUUCUCUCCAGGUUCCUUCAGACCAUGCUUCCUGCGGCAGCUAUUGACUUUACUUUUUUCUUAGUCCACUUCACAUGUGCGAUUAUUCUAAGGGUUCCUGGAAGCUCCCAACUGACCCAGGAAGGUACCGUGCUUACAACAGUUUUGUUGUUCAGCUCCUGUUUGGUACUCAGACCCACUAUUGUGCUCCAUUACAAAGCAACACUACAAAAGCUUCCCCCCACCCCGGCCCAUAAAAUGUAUAAAGCUUCUAAAGCACCCAGUACCUUUUUUUGUUAAAUAGAAGUGAAAUUCACACAACAUACAAAUAACUAAAGUGUACAAUCCAGUGGUCUAGUACUGUUCUUUAAUUAUAUCACUGUUACAAGAGCAAAAUAAAUAACCCACUUCAGCUGUGAGAAUUUUGGCUUAUCCUUUGUUCGGGCUGUGUGCACCUAGACUCGGUGUUUUACCCUGUAGGUUGAAAGGCAAGUAUUAAACCUUCAGAUAUUCCAUACUUCUUCACAACAAUACCACUUAAGAUUGUGGGUGAAGCAACUUUUAUAUACCGCCCUUUAUAAAAGAGAGGAAGGCAAGGAGCUAUAGGUAAAAAAGCUUUAGGAUACAUGUAUUCCUGAGCAGGUAAAAAUGUUUGAAACAACCAUGUGAAUAGUUUUGAAAUAGCAAUAAUAAUAAUUUCUGUCUUUGUGACAUUUGAUUAGCAUCAUGUAAGAAAAGGUUUGCUUAGCAGAGAGGUAUACUAUAAGUGCAGCGCUCUCUAUGGGUGUGAGGGUGAAUGUGUGUGUGUGCACGUGUGUUGUUUAUACUUAAUAAUUUCCAUUUAAAUUCUCCACUUAGUGAAUGUAGCAGAGGAAAAAGCCUCUGGCCAUUUUUCUGUGAUGUUUCAUGUAUUUAUUCCUGCUAUGUUCUGCUUAAUUCAUAUGUUCAGGAUAAAUGAUGCAUUUAUAGUCUGUUUCUAAAAUUUUUUUAAAGAAAUAAAGACCCUAUUUAAACACAGCAAGGCUAUAAUACUGAUGCCUUUCUCACCCCUGGCCAUAUUUUAUCUGAACAAAUAUUUUCAUAGCUUUUUCUCACCAGAUUUCAGUCUCACUAGUAAGCAUACCCGUCCCAUGUUGGGGAAAACCUAAGGAAAGGAUAAUAAGAAAACUUCUAUUAGAAUAAAUUUCAGAGCUUUGAAAUCUGGACAUACUCUUUAACAAUCUGCCCUUUAAAGACCAAGUAAUAAUAAUGAUAAUAAUAAACAAGGCUCAGAAGGAUUGUGAUUUGCCCAUAAUCACAUUCUAACAACAAUUUAAAGUUCUCUUAGCCCUCACCAUCUGAAUUUGCCUUCAUACAUGUAACUCAAGGAGAAGAAAACUUCAAGAUUCAGAAUAUAUCUCUUCUGUAAACUUUGUUGUGUCUUACAGUUUGAUUAUUAUAGUAGUUCUUGCAAGUCAAGGGCUUUCAACUGUGAAUGUCAGUGCAAAUAAUGAAUCGAAGGCUUUCAAAGUGUCCAUCUACUGACGACUGUUAUCACAGAUCCUGUAAGUUGUGGAAACUGGUUUUAAAUGUGACCCAGUGAUCUUGGAGUAACAUUAGUGACGGGUGGAGGGGGGUGUAACCUAGCAGGUACUCGUAAUGUAGACUUAAACUAAUUACCAAUGUCAGAACUAAAAGAUUAAAACAGAGGUGGAAUUAAAUUUACCCAGGAUUUUUCUGCAGUACCAAAGAGCAUUUAAGGAGCAGCAUGCAUGAUCACUAGACUGGUGACAUCUCUAAUAUUACAGAAUGAAAAAAAAAAACUUAUAGUAAUGGCACCAAGAUGUACUACACUCACACUAAAGCUGUCAUCUCAGACUCAUCUUGAAGAACUGCUAUAUGCUACACCAUGUAAAACAAUAGCAUAUCUGCUGAUAAUGUUUCAAGCAAGGAGGUUGUUGUUUUCAGCAUAAUGAAACAGAGGGAAAGCUCCACAAGGACUUAAAGAUGAUAAUACCAUCACCAUCUCCAAGAAGAAAUGCAGGAAAGCUGACUGCAAUCAACUUUUGUAGCCUAGUGCUGUUUCCUUAUAUGGUGAGAUCUUAUCCCAAGGACUGUGCUAACAUUUACACUCUGUUAUCAGUCUUGCAUACUGAAAUCAUGUGUCUACGGAGCAGAAUAUAGUGAUCUGGAACAUUACUGGGUUGUUUUUUAAGUGUUGUCAUUUUCUAUGUUGGCAUUUGUAAGAAGACCGAUAGCCUGUUUAUUUUUUCCUGUAUUACAUCUAUAAAUUGAGUAUCCAACUAAAGGUAAAGGAGGCCCAGGGUUAUGAAUUCAUCAACCAAAGUAGGAAGUAUGUCAUUGGCUUUAAGCAGAAUGUUGGGCUACAUACCAUUGUUUCACUUAUGUUAAAAAAUGAGUUCUAAUUAAAACUUAUAAAUAUGGAUUACUGAUAUAUAUGCGCUAACAGGCAUCCGCCCUAAGUCCCAAUUUAGGGUAAGAUUUGCUAUCAGAUGUUUCUUUUUACUUCUAAACCGUUCAUUAAUUAAAGUAGCUGUGGCCUUCCCCAGACCCAGAUAGAUAUAACAUAUCUUGAGUUUUGGCACAGUCAGUGCUGUUACGUGUAUACUUCCAAGACCUCGCCUGUAUUUUAAGUGAUACUUGAUUGGAAUGAAGCCGAUUAGUAAAAUAAGCAAAGAUCUCAUAAUCUCCAAAUACAUACAUACAUCCCUGCAACCUUUGUUUUAUAACACACUUUCAGGUUUUAAUUCUUGACCACCAUGAGUCUUAUAUUAACACCUUGUGUUCACUUCUGUAUUUGGCUUUUUUCUUUCUUUGGAUAAAGAAGAAAAUCCUCUUUCCCCGUAUAACUUUUCACAAUUAGAGAGGGAGUUCUCUACUAGAUCUUAAUGUGCACUCCCUGUAUGAUUACCCUACAACAUCCCCGACAGGCCCGAAUUUUCCCUUUUCAAAGGAGAAGGCUCUCCCUCUCAGGCUGCUGAGUGCUUAUUCGAGUCUCUAUGAUCAUUCAUCUCCCAGUUACCUCCCCAGGAACCAGUCUACCAUCUUUCAGCUUAUUUCCAAACUGGCAUUUAGUUUUAAGUGAUCUUUUUUUUUUUUUUCUUUUUCUCUCUUAAAACAGCAUAUUUAAACAGUAAGCAUAGUCUGAGUUUUGGAGUAGAUUAACAAUCACUGCAACUGUUAAAUGUUGAAUUGAUAAAGAUUUUUGACAUUGUAAGACUGGUAUUACCCACUUUCCCCAACUUCUGAGUUAUUUAGCUCUUUUAAAAAUCAUUUAAUACUUCCAGACAAUAUGACUAAAAUUCAGUGUUUUACAAAUAUGUGUAAUUUUUAAUAGAAUUAAAUUUUUUUUUUUCACUGAAAUGGUAGUUCUAGUUCAGUAUAAAGCUCCAGGAUAUGGUGAAAUAAGAAUUGUUGUUUCUGAUUUGAGCUUGAGAAUGUAUUCACUUGGUCUUCUUUCCUUCUUUCCUUCCUGCCUUCCUUCACAGUAGGGCUCAACAUUGAUUAAGAAUUGGUUCUGUCAAGACUAUCUUUGGCAAUCUUUUUCAGAUCCAACUAUCAUAAAUCAUAGCUAAGGAUGAACACUUAAAUAAAUGUAUAUUUUAAAUGAUUUUUAAACUAAGGCCCCUUAGUGGACUAGUGGUGAGCAUUUAAGCCUUUGAAUUCAUCAGGGGUUUUUUUGAAAUGCUAAUCUCCACAGGAGUAUUAUCUUUUGUAGAUCUGCAAAGGAUGCAUUCUUACUAGGACUAAAUCUUUUUAAAUUGAGACAUCACUUGAGAAAUGGAAGCACAAAAGUUUUUUAUUUCCCCUAGUAUGUGUAUAAAUAGUAUAGAGGAAGAAACAGCAAAAUAGUCUUUUAUUUUUUUUAAUCAGACAUUUCAUAUAGCUAAAAUAGCUAAAUUUAACAAUAUAUAUGCUUGGUUUGAAAAUCAAACAUUUAUUUGUAAAAGAAUCCCAAACGUUAACAAAUAUCUCUUGGUUUGUAACUAGUACAAUGAGAAAGAACUCUUAAAGAUGUGUGCUUGCUUGGUCUGUUGGGUUGGAAAUGUUUACUACCAUAUACAUCACCAUGACUCUAUGCAUAUCUGUUUGAUUUAGUUUUUAGUAUAAAAUAAUGAGAAAGCUAUUUCAUUUCCUGAAAUUUUUUUCUGAAAUUAAGAAAUAAAGCAAAUUACUGUUUUGAUGUCUGAAAUGAUACUUUCUAAGAAUGAAGCUCAGAGCUGGGUUAUGAAGAAUUUGUCAAUUAAAAUCGUGUUUCAGAACAUGGAUAAUUUUAGUCUUUUUUUAGGAAUUUUUCUGACUUUGAUUUAAAUCCAUAAGAUAAGAUAGGAGCCAUCUUUCAGGAAAAGAUGAGACUGAUCUUCACUGUCAAAAUAAAAGUAAGCUGUGUAAUUAAAGGGAGUAAAAAACUGGGUUUGGUGUUUUUAAUAACUUAGAAAAUUUGGAAAUCUUUUAAUUUAGAAAAUUAUGAACAUCAGAAAUCUUAGGAAUUUCAGUAGACACAUAACCACAUGGGGAUUUGCUGCACAGGUAGCAAAAUACUUUGGUUAUGAAAACAAGCCCGAAGAGGAACGUAUACCCCCAUAAAAGCGUUUUAUCGGCACUGAACAAUCAAAAGCUAUCACUGACUUUGUUCACAAUGGCCAGCCUCUAGUGAACCACUAAAGAAAAAACAACAAGCAGAACAGCAUCACUUUUAGGAAAGAAGAUACAGAGUAGACAUUCAGAAAAUGCUGAGUGAAAGCUAAUGGUUGAGAGAGUGAUAUUGGUGUCUGAUUACUUCUGGAGGCCUCCAGAACCUGGUGUGCUUUGUGUUACAUCUAGACUUUGGAAGCAUUUACUCAGAUUCGUUUGCACAUGAGUUACAACUUACGUCUUGGUUGUACUGUGGCAUUCAUUGUCGAUUCCACUCCAUGAUCAAACCUUUUCUUCUGUCUUCUUUAUCUCUGAACUCUGGAAACCUCGACUCUUGCCGUUUACUUAUUUCUUCAACACCAUCCCCACAAAGCACUCUCACAGUUUUUAGAAUGUCACCUAAUAACACUUUUUUCUUACUUCCAGUUUCUCAUUUGUGAUACCCAUAAAUAAAUACGUAAAUACAUAAGUGAAUAUACAUGUGUGUGUGAAUGUGUGUACAUCUUCCCCUAAAACAGGCAUAUACACACAAUUCAGAAAGUCUUUUAAAGGCAACUAAUAAUUCUUAAAGAACUUUUUCUUUUGGUGAAACCAAAAUCUAUUUCCCAUUUAUACUUCUUGUCAAAUAUGUGAAGGCGGGUUACCACUUGUCUGGUAACUUCUAGAGGUAGAUGAAGCAUUCUUAGGCCUUCCAACCAUUUUACACUUAGCAUGGAUUCUAGUUCUCCCUGUAGUCUAGUUCUCCUCUACAUGUAUUUUGAUUGGACAAGGAAUGCUUUUCUUAAAAUAUAAGAAAAUCACACUUUAAUGAUCCUGAUGUGUUCAGAUAAUAGAUCUAUUUUUUCAUUAAAACUGUUCUUAUUCUGUAUAUUUGUAUAUUCCUUUACAGUUUACAGAGUCCUUUUUUAAAAAUGUCCUGUGGGCGUAGGUAUUACCCCCAUUUCGUAAGUGAGGAACCUGAGGCUCAGAGUGGUUUCACUUGCAGUUUGCCCAUUGUCCUACAAUUGCUAAUGUAAACAUUGCACAUCUAUUUACAUACAUAGUCUUAAUGUUACCAUUUUAGAAAUUCCAUUACCCAUUUGUCAUAUUAGAUAUAAGCUAUUGAGUAAAACCACUAGACCCUUUUUUCGUACAUGUGACUGGUUAGUUAGAUCUCUUUCAUACUGUACUUUCCUAAUACAUUUUUAAAAAUCUGAAUGUAUAUACCUCUUAAAUUUUGUGCUUCGAUUUGAUGAGGUUAGAGUAUACCGUUUGUGUAUCACCGUCUUACAAGUUUGUCUUAUGAAAGAACUAUGAUUUUAAAGAGAUAGAUAAAUGCUAUUGGUAACAUUAACAUUUAUGUGAAGAAUUCAAUGAUUUUUAAUUGAAUAGCUGUAAUUUUAAUUACUGAUUCUGUCAUCUCUAGAAUUGGCUUCCAUUUGCAUAUUUAAAUUAACUUUGUGGGUUUUGCUGAGCUUGAUAAAAAGUAUGGAGUCAAAGAUAAGGGAAGCAGUAUCACAGAAACUUACUGUUUUUUAAAUUUUAUUUAAAUUCCACUGAACAUACAGUGUAAUAUUUAUUUCAGGUGUACAAUACAGUGAUUGAACACUUCCAUACAUCACCCUGUGCUCAUCACAAGUGCACUCCUUAGUCCCCAUCACCCAUUCAACCCAUCUCCCCUGUCCAUCUCCCUUCUGGUAACCAUCAGUGUGUUCCCCAUAGUUAAGAGUCUGUUUCUUGGUUUGUCUCUCUCUCUUUUUCCCUUUUGCUCAUUUGUUUUGUUUCUUAAAUUCCACAGAUGAGUGAAAUCGUAUGGUAUUUGUCUUUGACUUAUUUCACUUAGCAUAAUACUCUAGCUUCAUUUUGCAAAUGGCAGGAUUUCAUUCAUUUUUAUGACUGGGUAAUAUUCCGUUGUAUAUUUAUACCACAUUUUCUUUAUCCAAUCAUCAAUCAGUGUACACUUGGUCUGCUUCUGUAUCUUGGCUAUUGUAGGUAAUGCUGCUAUAAACAUAGGGGCGCAUGUAUCCCUUUGAAUUGGUGUUUUUGUAACUUUGGGUAAAUACCCAGCAGUGCUAUUGCUAGAUCAUAGGGUAGUUCUAUUUUUAACUUUUUGAGGAAUCUUGAUACUGUUUUCCACAGUGGUUGUACCAGUUUGCAUUCCCCCAACAGUGCAAGAAGGUUCCUUUUUCUCCACCUCCUCGCCAACACCUGUUGUUUCUUGUGUUUUUUAUUUUAGCCAUUCUGACAGGUGUGAGGUAGUAUCUGAUUGUGGUUUUGAUUUGCAUUUCCCUGAUGAUGAGUGAGGUUGAGCAUCUUUUCAUGUGUCUCUUGGCCAUCUGUAUGGCUUCUUUGGAAAAAUGUCUAUUCAUGUCUUCUGUCCAUUUUUUAAUUGGAUUAUUUGUUUUUUGGUUGUUGAGUUUUUAUAAGUUCCUUAUGUAUUUUGGAUAGUAACCCUUUAUCAGAUAUGUCACUUGCAAAUAUCUUCUCCCAUUCUGUAGGUUGCCUUUUUGUUUUGUUGAUCCUUUCCUUCACUGUGCAGAAGCUUUUUAUUUUGAUGUAGUCCCAAUAGUUUAUUUUUGCUUUUGUUUCCCUUGCCUCAGGAGACAUAUCUAGAAGGAAGUUGCUAUGGCCGGUAUCAAAGAAGUUACUGCCUGUGCUCUCUUCUAGGAUUUUUGUGGGUUCAGGUUUCAUAGGUCUUUAAUCCAUUUUGAAUUUAUUUUUGUGUUUGGUAUAAGAAUAUAGUCCAGGUUCAUUCUUUUGUAUGUUGCUGUCCAGUUUUCCCAACACCAUUUAUUGAACACACUUUUUCCACUGGAAAUUCAUUCCAACUUUGUCAAAGAUUAAUUGACCAUAUAAUUGUGGGUUCACUUCUGGGUUUUCUAUUCUGUUUCAUUGAUUUAUGUGUCCAUUUUUGUGCCAGUACCAUGCUGUUUUGAUUACUAUAGCUUUGUAAUAUAACUUGAAGUCGGAAUUGUGAUGCCUCCACCUUUGCUUUUCAAGAUUGCUUUGGCUAUUUGGGUUUUUUUGUGGUUCCAGACAAAUUUUAGGAUUGUUUGUUCUAGCUCUGUGAAAAAUGCUGUUGGUAUUUUGAUAGGAAUCACAUUAAAUAUGUAGAUUGCUUUGGGUAGUGUAGACAUUUUAACAAUAUUUGUUCUUCUAGUCAUGAGCAUGGAAUAUCUUUCCAUUUCUUUAUGUCAUCUUCAGUUUCUUUCAUCGGUGUUUUAUAGUUUUCAGGGUAUAGAUUUUUCACCUCUUUGGGUAGGUUUAUUCCUAGAUAUCUUACUGGUUUUGGUGCAAUUGUAAAUGGAAUAGUAUCACAGAAACUUUCAGGCUGACACACAGUACCUUAAGUUUUGUAAAAACUCAUCUAAACACUGCUGUUAUCCAAUGCUACACUUUACAUCUUAUCCCAAAAGAUUACCAUUAGAAGACUUACCAGAAACAGCUCAACUCAAGAUAUAUUAUACUUAGGAUAUCCUAGAAAGCCCAUCCAAGGAAUAAAUUAUUUUGAUAUGAUUGCUUCUUUAUAAAAAUGCAUUUUGGCUCUCAUUGAUCCCUCUAUUCCAUUUGUUUUAUGGAGUUGGUGUGUCAGUGGGAUGGGAAAGUAGCUGGUUUCAAAGUCUUGAGUUUGUACAGGUAGCAGAAGAAGAAAGGAAAAGGGACCAUGGUAGAAAGAAAGAGGACAUUUCCAGUGGAAAACAGUUGUCAGUAGAAGCUGCCUCCAUGACUACCUACCUAUUCCACUAGAGAAUUAAAGUUUAACUUCCUGUGCACUUCAAUUGGAAGGAAGCUAAGGUUCUAGCCAAAAUGCUGCAUAUUAUUUUCCAUGAAAUAUGCCCUCAAAUGCAAGCAAUAGAGCAGCAGGACUUGCUAAACCUGUCACUCAUUUCUAAGGAAAUCAUCCAGCUCCUAAUCUGUUACAGAUUUUCCCAAGAACUAAUUAUAAGCAUGUAGCUUCUAGAGUCCGCCAUUUUCUCCUUUUCCAGCACUUAUCUUAACAGUGGUUUUGUGAUCACAUCUGUGAGGAUUAAUUCCCUGGAAUAGAAUUAAUUCAUUUUGCACCUAAAGAUUUAAAACUCAUUUAAAUUGAGUGGAUGUUCUUUUAUUGUCUUUGCGUCUUUACUGACUUACAGUUCUCUUCUCCACAUUGCUUAAUCUGUCCAUUCUGGUUUGAGGAUUGUGCUCUUUUCAUAAAGAAGAUGGAAAGACGCAAAAUGAAGAUGGAACUGCAUAGCCCUGCCUUCUCUUGGGGCUUAGCAUUAUGACACCAAGCUGCACAGGGGCUUUUCCUAAUUUUCUCCUAUUCCAAACUUAGCUUUUUCUUGCCUUCAACAUUGUCCACAAGCUUCAGAUCAUUACGUGUUCUGAUUUUAGUCCUCAAGGAUCAUGACAUUCUUAUUACAGACAGGUAGGUUUUUUAUCUCCAUCCAUUUUUCCUAAGCAUUUUUUUCAAUUCUAAUCCUGUGUGAUUCUACCUCUGUAACAACUGGUUUCUUUAGAUUUCUCCCCAGUUUCUUUUCUUUGUUAGAAUCAUUUAUUCUUGCAGCCUAUGAAUCAUUGUCCCUUAUAACCAUGGGACCACCCUGAGCCAUACUUUUUUUUUUUUUUAACGUUUUGUGGAAACCUGCUUUCUCCAAAAAUCUGGAAGCAGAUGUUCAGGGCUGUUUGUUUAGGAAACAUUAAAUACCUGUUGAGGUCCAGGUUUGGGAACUGUUCAUGAUAUACAAAGAGCAUUAAAUCAAUGCCCCUUUCCUAGAGGAGCUCAUAGUUUAGUAGACAAAAGCUUACACAUAAACAAGUAUUUGCAGUGCACUGUGGUAAUUGCAGAAAUAGCCAGGAUGCCUGCUAUCCAAGAGCACCAGUCUAAGUUAUUCCCAUUUUUUGAUUCUGUAAAUCCUAAAAUGAUGUCACAAACUCUUAGGGCUUCUGUUAUGUUCGCAACAGCCAACCAGUUCUUUGUUGGUCAGAAGUCCAGAAUACGUUUCCCUCCUUGUUUCCAGGGAAAGAGAGACUGUCAGGAAGUCAGUUUUAUUAGGUUUAUCUUCUUCUAGCAAAUUCAGACCUCAGAGAUGUUAGGGUGAUUGUCAGCCCCCCAUGUCUGUGUACUUUUGUCAUUUGUCUUGGUGAAACCAUAUUCUGGUGACUUCUAUAUGCUCCCCUGGAUGAUAAGCCCCCCUGAUUGUCUUUGGAUUGCCUCACAAUGCUUUGUUCAUAGUGCUCAGUUUUGUGUUCACUUGAAUGCUUUCCUUUGUGCUUCCAAUUUCAGAUUUUAUAGAUUUCUUAGAUUUGAUUUUUGCCCCUCUGAUCCUUUAGCUCUGUUGCUUCUAUAUUCUGGUUCAGGUUCCAUCUAAUCCAGUCUGUAAUGCUUCUGAGAUGUAUUUAUCUUUUGCAUUAACUUUUAAGUGUACUUUUUCCUCACUCUCUAUAUAGCUUUAUGUAUAGACAUCAUUCCGUAAGUAUUUUUCCAUUAAAAAAAAAUAGAUUCUACUUCCUUAGAUCCUUCAUAAAACAAACAGCUGGAUGUUUUCCUGGUUCUCAUUGGAUGAUCUGAUUCUCCCCUAAAACAGACUUAUAGGAACAUUCUAGAAGAAAAAGGUACACAUUGUGCAAAACACAUCUACUUAUAUUUUGAAAUACUUCUACUAUAUUUUAGAUCUGCUGCUCUCUGUUCUGUAUGGAAUGUCCAUGUCCUCUUCAAUAUCAGCUUCUCGAGUCACCACUUACCUGCAUGCAGAAUGGAAGAAUAGCUCAUUUUCUUCUUUAUGCCCGUAGGACUUUGUCCAUACCAGAAGAGCAUUUAGUAUCUCCCAAGCAUUCCUUAUUUAAUUUUGGUGCAUUGGAUUUUUAAAAGUGUACAUGCAUCUCAAACACUAUUGAAAACAUAUCAUUAUAGUGGCUCUUUUCCCUCAGUUGACAUGCAGAAAAGCCUUUUGGCCCCCCCAAACCUAGCUGAUUCCUGCUUUCAGAAAGAUUUGCAUCUCUUUGGAGAGAAUGAUUUGAUUCAUAGCAUUAUACAAAUAUGAAUUAAACAGGCUUUUUAGGGGAAAGUGAUUUUUCAGCUCUUCUCAAGUUGGAUCUUUGAUUCAGCAGAUAUCUUAAGGCACAUCAAGUUUCUAAGACAGCAACAUGCCGAAGGAUAUACAAAAUACACCCUUAUAGGCCUUGAAAUAGAGCAAUAGAGUUGAGAGGUUUGAGAAGGGUGAGCAGCAACCAUAGUGGGGUCACAGCAGUUUGCUGCCCAGUGAGUGUGAUUCAGGCCACAAGUACUGUUCUAGAAUGAUCUGAGUGGAAGAGAAAAGACUUAAACUUUUGGAAGAGUGAAUAAAAAUGAAUUAGAAAAAAGCAGGAAAGCAUUCUAGAGAGGGAAAAAAGCACGAAAUAAAGGCAGAGUCCAGGAAGCCAAGGCCAUAUUUAGCUGAGCCUCACGGCCUCUCUUUCCCUGUUUAUGUCAUUUCUGCUUCUAUUAGUAAUAAAUUUUGGUUGUUUUUUAUUAUUACUCUUUUUCAAGUUCCUUGUGUUCUCAGAACUUUUUUCAUUUGCAUUCUUAGGAUUUUUCACUUAGUUUAAUCUCUACUUUCAAAUCUAUUAAAUCCUUAACAUUUUGUGCCCCAGUAAAUCUGCAGUACUGGCCUGUCCUGAUUUAUAAUCAUAAUCCUAGAAAUUUAGUGUCAUUUCUUUUUGUUUAAGUAGAAUAACAUUUUUUUUCAUAAACCUGAAGGAAUUUAUUCACAAAAUCGUCAUUUUCCCUGCAAAUUUUAGUUUAUAAAUUGAAAUUAUUUCUGAGCCUCACCUAAAAAGUACAGCAUGCCGAUACAAUAAAGCUUGCUUUCAAGUUCUGGUAGGAGGAAUUUUGUAUGCUCUUUAAAGUUUGGUUUAACAUAUAAGGACAAGCAUAAUUCAUUUAUAUUUGAGUUGCUCAGAGAUAUGUUAUUGAAGUUUGGAGAAGGUUUAGGGUUUUUUAAAAUCCUGUCCUGACGGAGAUGCACUUCAUCCAAAACUGAUAGGAAAUCAUAUAUAUAACAGGGUGAGGUGGGGUAGGGAGGUGGCAUAGAGAGGGGUAGAGCCUGAGAUAGGAUGACUGUGUGUCCUUCUAAAAAUGCAUGAAUAUUUGAGAGUAACUGGCAAGGAGUAACCAUAAUGGGAACUAAAUUUCAAAUGUACAACAGCUUGUACCAAGAAAGAUUUGUUUCCCUAAGUAACCUAGCCACUGGAGGGAGCCUUUGACUUUGACUUUGACUAUAAAGGACAGCAGUAAAGGAAAGGAAGAUAAAAGCUUUUUGGAAAACGAUCAGGUUGCCAGUUGAGGCUUUGAGGAGUAACCAUUAGAUAAGGCUUAAAAACUGGAGAGCAGAAUAAACUCUUCUAGGUGUAUUUGGGACUCUCGAUGACUGCUGCCCAGUUGGGAAGGAUUUGAGCACUGAUAGGAAUUUAACUUGAAAUUGAAGAUGUCUCUGCCAUAGGGACGGCAGAUAAGAAUGGAGUAGCCUAAGACUGAGGAUGUGGACCAGUUGUCCCUAGCAAACAUGAAAGGAGAGAAAUGGGUGGGUCCGUGAAUUUAGCUGCAUCUAGCCAGUUUAAUUAAUAAGGCCUCUGUGUUUCUAACGAAAAAACCUUACAGAGGUGGUGCCAAAAAGAAGGUAGAGGCAAGGCUUCCAAGAGGAGACAGAAAAUCCUGACCUGGUGGUACAGACUGUAUUACAGGAAACGAAUACUUGGGAUGGCCUUUUGUUUUCAGGUUCCCCUUAUGUGUGUUUGUUCUCACCGUGUUGUCAUUGCACACAGAUCUCCUGUCUUCACACCGAGCAGCAGGUACUGGUUUUCGAAUGCAGUCUUACCUGGCACCCUCAUAUGUGACAUAGAUGAAAGCAGAAUGGGAGGAGGAUAUGCUGUCUUAGUGCCCUGUCCCCUCCGCAUCCUCCCCAGGGGCUCCUGAGAUGGUUUUGCAGUCUGAAACCAAUCUGAAAUUCAGUCUUCAGGUGAAGAUUUUAUGCAGACUGGAAAAACUCAUUAGCUUGUCACCAGUGACAACUUACAAAGAGCAGGUUUUCCCACAAUUUUGCUAUCAGUAGCAAAGUUUUUCAUUUCCUAAUGAUGAACACAUUGCCGUUAACCUGAGGAACAGAAAGAGAAACCCGCUUAAGCUGCUAUAAUGCUGUGUUCUUGCCUAAACUAUUCAUCUUUUUCCUGCUUUAGGACUUUUUUUUUUUUAAAGAUUUUAUUUAUUUGACAGAGAGAGACACAGUGAGAGAGGGAACACAGCAGGAGGAGAGGGAGAGGGAGAAGCAGGCCUCCCGCCGAGCAGGGAGCCCGAUGUGGGGCUUGAUCCCAAGACCCUGGAAUCAUGACCUGAGCCGAAGGCAGACGCUUAACAACUGAGCCACCCAGGCGCCCCAGGACUUUCUGUCAAAGAUUUGAUGUCCGAAUACAGCUAAUUUUAUCUUAUAAUACAGUUGACCCUUGAACAGUGAGGAGUUAGAGGCACCGAAAAGAGAAAAUAUGUUUAAUAUAAAUAUUAAAAUAUAUUUAAAUAUUGAAAUACAUUUCAUAGUGCUGUACUGAAAAGAAUCCACAUGUAAGUGAACCCGCGCAGUUCAAACCCAUGUUCCGUCAGGGUCAACUGUGGAGCCAUUGCUUAUAAAACAUGCCUUUCUCUAUACAUCCUACUUAGUAGUUGGUCUAAGUCUAGUGUUGUGGAUGUCUGAGGCUCAAGCUAUCUAUGAAGUAAAUAAAGCCACUCGGUGAAUGAAUGAUUGCUCCUGUCCUUACCCAACCCCCCCCGCCCCCCCGCAGACAUUUCCACAUGCGUGCCUCACUGGCCUCUCUUUUUACUAAACUUUGUAGCAUUUAUUAAUCACAUACAACCCGGUGGCAUUUCUUCUGUUGCUCGUCCAGACUGUCAUUGUUGAAUUUUUCCUGUAUUUACAUUGUCUCACCGUCUCGACUUUAAACUCCUUGAGAACGGGAGACAAAGUUGAAGUUGUUUGUUCUCCUUGCAUACUGUAUGCCUUCAGUAAACAGUUGCUUAUUUAACUUUGAUCUUGGUCAUCUUUACACAUACAUUUUAUAAUUUUUGUUGUUGCUGUUGUUGCUAAAAACCAGAUUUGUCAACCUGCUUCGUGUGCUGUGACCAACAUGUUAUGGACUGGGUGUUAGGUAAUCGCCAAGCUGGCCGAAUUUUAGACAUAAUUUCUUCUCUGUGGUGUAUGGGGGUCCAGGGAAACUGAAAGUAUACUGAUACUUCUUACCCAAUGGCAUAUGAGAAUGUGGUAUCUGGAACCUUGAAGGUAUUUUAAAUUUUAUGUCUUUGAGUUCUAUACUGAAAAAUAAAACUACUACAAACAACUUGACCUGCUUUCCUGCCCUCAAAUUAUUUAGACCCCAGAAUAGUAUUUUGUUGUACAUAUCUGAAAAUUAUAAAUUAAAAUUAGUUUUUUUUAACAUUAUAAAACAUUUAAAACAUUAUUAGCAGUCCUUUAAAAAUAUACAGUUCUUCCUGGAUUGUAUUAUACUACAACUAAUUAAAUGCUUUAAAAAUCAAAUAGUAUCUAAUUUCUAAUUGAAAAUACGUUCAGUAACUUGAUUUUCAUUGUGCUUUGCUUGUGGAAAGUUUAAGGUGCUUUCCCAUAUCUUAUUUGUCUUUGCAAUAUUUUGGUGGUGAGAAGACUUAUCAUUUAGAUCAACUAUAUAAUCCCUCUGUGAAGAUGCUGGGUGUUAUCCCUACAUUCCCAAGGAGGAGACUGUUUGUACGGAGCCAGUUUCUGGCAAGUGAGGAGUCCUCUGCCUUGGCUUUUUGGAAAGUUUACUGUCUAUUCAGUAUUGAAUACUGAUAAAAAAUUGUUAUUAGGCAUUUAUCAAGUAAUAAAUGGGCUUCAGAUUGCUUUCUCUUCUCUCAUUUUAUCCCUACAAGAGAGUAAGGCAGAUGUUAUUCCUACUUAUGAAAUAGGGCCCUGGGAUAUGAAGAGACUUACUUAGAUGCCUUAGGUUGUAUUAAUUACCAGUGUAGAGCUGACUAUAAAGGCCAUCUGCAAUUUUCCGCCCAAUAUUUUCCCCAUUAGACCUACUGACUUGUACAUUCUCAGUGGCACCCCAGUGUGAAGUUCUGUAUCAAGAAAGGGAAAUGAAGUUGCAUCAAGUUGAGUCCAGUGAUCAAAGUUCUGGUACGAUCUUAAAGGGAAAUAUGUAUUCAAGUGGGAUUUUUCAGAGCCCCAGAUACAAAGGAACCGACUUCCUUUGUGUCAGUGGUUCUCAACCAGGGACCAUUUUUGGCUCCCCCAGGAAUCACUUGGCAAUGUCUGGAGACAUUUUUGGUUGUCAGAACUGGGGUGUGUGAGCUCCUGGCAUCUGAUGGGUGGAGGCGAGAGAUGCUACUAAACAUCCUGUAAUGCAUAGAACAGCUCCCCCCGACCCCCGCCCAACAAAGAAUUAUGUAGUCCAAAAUGUCAGUAGUACCUAAUAACCCCUGCUAAUAACCCCUGCUGUUGUGUAUUGCAAGGAAUGGAUUACCAGAAGCCCUCAUUACCGGAACAAAUUUGAGUCCGAGGCAAUGGGGGAUGGGGAGGUAAAGGAGGUGAGUUCAAGUAUGGCUGGACUAAGAGAGCUGUUUUGAUGAAGGUAGGCGUUAGUUAAUUCCCUUUCAUUUGCCCUUUCUUUGUGCCAACACUUGGCAUAGCAACAGUGGAGAAAGCUGAAGAAAAUUGCUCUUCUUGUUCGAAGCUCCUUGGAAUUAGUGGUCCCAUUCCAAGAGCUAAAGAUGUCAGUCAGUCCAUGUGCAGCUUCACUGUAAAUCAGUCAUGCAUGCUCUCAGGGUCCCAAGAUGUCUAGGUACAUGACUUUGUUUUUUUGACAAGAUUGUAAGAAUUAUAAACUAGCUAAUUUAUUUCUCAAGCUAUCUUAUAGUUCACGUGGGAUGAUCUGAGUUUUUCACUGUUUCUGUUAUCAUGUGCCAUAUGUGAGUUCCUUUGGUCAACAUAGAGUUGACCCUUAAACAACUUGGGGUUAGAGGCACCAAACCCCUGUGCAGGCAAAAAUCCACGUAUAACUUUUGACUCCCUAAAACCUUAACUACUAAUAGCCUACUGUUGGCCGGAAUGCCUUACCCAAUAACAUAAAUAGUCAAUUAACACAUAUUUUGUAUGUUAUGUAUGUUACAAUAAAUUAAGCUAGAGAAAAGAAAAUAUUACUAAGGAAAUCAUAAGGAAGAGAAAAUACAUUUACAGGACUGUACUGUAUUAUCGAAAAAAAAAAAAUGUGCCCGUAAGUUGACCCAUGCAGCUUAAAUCUCUGUUGUUCAAGAGUCAGGCGUACUCUUGCUUGAUUUCAUUAGUCUAAAAUCAGAGAAACAUCUUUUAAAAAAAAGCUUUGUUUUUUAGAGCGUUUUAAGUUUACAGCAAAACCGAGUGGAAAGUGCAAAGUUCCUGUAUAUCCCCUACCCAUGCACAAAUGUCUUUUGACUUUAUUGCAAUACUAAUUUUCAAAUAAACUUUAUAUAAAUGCAAAUAUUAUUCUGUUAAUGCAAAAUUAGGGGUUCCUUAGUUCCAGUACUCACUAAACAUAAAGCAAAAGUAAGGAGAAAAUUGGUAUUAUUGAGUUAUGGAGUAUUUUCUUUUUCUCGAUUUGGUGGAAAAGAGGGGCUCAAAUCAUCUGCAUAAGCUUCUUACUGACUUCAGCUACUUAGUUCAAGAGCUUUAUCUUCCUCAGAAUUUCCCCAUGUAGUUAUACAUCAUCUUUUUAUAUCAGGGGGAUUUUAUUUCCUUCCUGGGAAGCUUUCCUUGUUUAGAGUUCAGUUUCUGGUUGAUUGAAAACCAUUUUAAGUUAUACAGUCUGACAAUUUGACUAUUUAUUUAUUUAUAUAUUUUUAUUUUUUUUAAGAUUUUAUUUAUUUGACAGAGAGAGACACAGCGAGAGAGGGAACACAAGCAGAGGGAGAGGGAGAGGGAGAAGCAGGCUUCCCGCAGAGCAGGGAGCCCCAUGUGGGACUCGAUCCCAGGACCCUGAGAUCAUGACCUGAGCCGAAGGCAGACACUUAAUGACUGAGCCACCCAGGCGCCCCAGUUUGACCACUUUAAAGGUUCGAAUGUGGCAUAGUCACCAAAUCUUCCUGUAAUAGAGGGUAUUUUAAAACUAAAAUGAUCUUGUUAGUACCGCAUGCAGUUGGAGCCAGAGUGAAGAUGAUUGCACUGUUGAUUAGAAAUCCGCCCCCAGCCCCUGAAUUGACUGCAGAGUCCAGUUUGUUCCUUCGGCCAAAAUAUUUGUCUAUCCUGCUAAUCAUGGCCAAUAGAUACACUAUAAUGUUGCUGUGUUUAUUUUUUGCCUCCUUUUAGUCAUGGGUCUUAUAGGCCCCUGGCUUUUCCCUUAAGUAUUUGACCCAUUAAAAAGUCAGUUAAUAGUCUGUACCAUGUAGAUCAAGAGAGAGAGCUUGGUGUUAUUAAAAGAAACCAACUCAGGUAAGGUCUGGGUUCAAGUCCUUACUAUACCAGUUAUGUGACCUUGAGCAAAUUAUUCUGGAGUGUGUUUCUUUAUCUGUUAAAUGGAGAUGGUUCUCUCUGCUCUGCCUGCAUCACAACAUGAGGGUCAAAUGAAAUAAUAAUUGACUAUGAGAGAGCCUUGUAAAUUGUACAAUUCAGUGCGGAUGUAAAGUAGGAUGCAGACAGAAGGAUGAGUCUUAGGAAACGGCAUUGAUUGUGAAAGGAAAGAAGGUUUGAGGAAUUUAUUUUCCCUUAUCUUGACUUGUCUAUAUGGCGUAGAUGGCCUCUUCUUCAUCUUAGUAAUUCAGGGAUGACUUUUGUUGGGUUUGGUUGUAGUUUUUUUUUUUUUCCUUUUUAUAAAUAAGGUCAGUAGGGUUAAAUGCUUCACUUGCUGAAACAUGAUACCAUUUGGCAUAGAAUAGUAAUUGGUGCAAAGCAAAAUUAUAAAAAGAAAAUUCUGAAUUCACCAAAUAGCAUAGACUGCCUGAUAGAAUAUCAUCAUCAUCAUCAUUGGUGAUUGCUAAUCAAUUCUCUAUGCUCUUCUCAAAAACCUCGGUUGAUAGUUUGACCUACAUUCCUGUUUCCAAUGAAACAAUUACUCUGGUAGCUGUGCUUCACUCUUUCCCCUCCAACCAAUUAGAGCAUGUGGAUUCUGGAUGGUAGUAGAUCAAGUUAGUUCAGUCACAAUUUAUAAAAAGCCUUUUUACAUUGAUAGUGUCUUGUCAUAUAUGACAUUAUUCAUAAAUAGAACCAGAGAAUUGACUGUAGGACUCUAGGACUUGAGUUUUAAAAUGGUCGGUGGAUCUGUUGGAAUAGAGUAGGUAGACUGUGCUGGAAAUUAUCCCAUCUGAAAGGUAGCUUAGCCUCUGCCUGCUCAGCCUUUAUGACUAACGGAAAAAUACUCUCUUCAAAUUCAAAAGCCUAUUCAUUCCUGCCUUUCUCCUCUGAAAUGCAUUACCAGUUUUAUCAUGAGGAAGAACUUAAUUAUUUUUCCUUUUCUAUUGGCUUAUGUUUAUUCUUCAUAAAA